AUGGCAAAAGAUUUAGGUGAAGAUUUGGAGUCAGAGAUAUUGGUGAGGCUGCCAGCAAAGUCAUUGAUGCGAUUCAAGUGCGUUCAACGAUCAUGGAAUGCACUCUUUAGAAACCACAGAUUCUUGAUGAGUCACGUGAACAUGCAAAUGUCAAAAGAGCGUCUCAUGGUUUUUGGACUUGAUAGAGAAAUGGAAUUUGAAAAGAUCGUAUCACUAACAUGCGAUGACCCAUCACAAUCACCUCAGUAUCUCAAUUGCUCUCCCCUCGACAACAGCUUCAAAUUUCACAUGUCAUACGGUUCUUGCAACGGUGUCUUUUGUGUUGGCAUGUGCAACGAAGAAAUUUAUGAUUUAUCCGGCGUUUAUCAAUUAAUUUUGUGGAAUCCUAUCACAAGAGAGUCCAAGCUUAUUCCCUUCCCUUCUGAAAAACCUUCCUAUAAACUUCAUGGCUUCGGUGUUGAUCCCAAUACCAAUGACUUUAAAAUUAUCAAACCCACCAUCAAUUUUGAAGGUUCAUGUCGUCCUUUAAUCGCAUAUGCGGAGGUUUAUAAUCUUAGUACCAAUUCAUGGACCUCUAUCCAUGUUGUUACUCUCCCUCAUGCCGAAAGUGUUAAAACACAAUACUAUUAUAGUUGUGUUCUAGUUAAUGGUGUUUAUCAUUGGUUGAUUGCCUAUGAAGGUGGCUUUGGUUACAUCCUUUGCUUUGACUUCCGCAACAAUCAAUUUAGCAAACUCACGGCUCCAGUAGAUCUUCCAAAUGAUGAACGUCAUAUGGACACUGAUAAGAUUGCUGAGGUUAAUGGUUCCCUUGGUUAUAUUAUACAAUAUCUUGAGCAAGAACGGUUGGAGAUUUGGAUUAUGAAUGAACACAAAUGGACAAAAACACACAGCGUUGUUUGGCCAACGGAUAUUUUUAUCUUUGGCGUUUGGAAGGAUGGGAAUCAACUCCUUGGACAAAAGAACAUUAACCAAGAUAAAGAUGAAAAACGGUUGACAAUAUAUAAUUUGGAUGCUCAGCCUUUUCAUCAAUUUCAAGUACUCAACCUACAUCCUUAUUCUCAAAUUAAUAAGUAUGUGGAAAGUAUAGUUCCCUUGUCAACUUAG